AUGGCAACUAUAACUUCCACUUUAUUAAUUCAAGAUUUCAUGAAAAAUUUACAAUAUUCAAGAAGACUACUUCUACCUGCCACCCCACAAUACCACCAUGACACCACCUUGGCACCAACAGAUAUAUCACAAGGGGACACCACCAAUACAUUUGAUGCACAUGUUGUGAUGGUACUAUCAGUACUAUUAUGUGCUUUAAUUUGUUCACUUGGCUUGAACUCAAUCAUAAGAUGUGCAUUAAGAUGCACUAGUUUGGUAUCAGAGUCAGACUCGUCCUCGAUCUCUACAAACCUUUCAGCAACGACGAAGCUGACAAAUAACGGGAUCAAGAAAAAAGCCCUUAAGAUGUUUCCAAUUAUAGCAUACACUACUGAGUUGAAACAUCCAGGUCUCGACUCUGAAUGUGUCAUUUGCUUAUCGGAAUUUAUUGCGGGAGAGAAAGUUAGGGUUUUGCCUAAGUGCAACCAUGGGUUCCACGUUCGAUGUAUCGAUAAAUGGCUCAAUUCACACUCUUCUUGCCCUACUUGUAGACAUUGCCUCAUUGAAACUUGUCAAAAAAUUGUCAAUGGUGGUAGUUCUAAUUCAACUACAACUACAAGUACAAUUUCAAACCCUCAAGUAGCAGCACAAGAAAUUAUUAUAAGGAUUGAACCUCUACAACAUGAAGGUGUGGUAUCUAACCAUCAACAUUAGGUAUAAAAUAGUUAGUUUAGUGGCUAGAGUUCAAUUGAUUGAUAUGUUAUAACAUACAGUCAAUUAGUAGCUUUCUAGUAAUCAAUUCAGUUGAUUACAAGAUGGAGAAUCGAACCCUCACCAAUAAGGUGAAAGUUCAGAUAGUCAACCAACU